AUGUCGCAGACAGAGCUUCACAACCCUCCGCCUACGACGGAUUUUUUAUUUGUCAAUAUUGCGCGACCACAGGAUAUCAAAAAUCGAAGGACACAAAAGAAAAUUAAUAGCCAUGUGAUGAAACCAAUUGGCCUCACUCGGAGGCGUCACCGGCCAAACAAGGCGAUACCGAUUACUCUGCCGUCGCCGGCUCAUUCAGACUCAAACGGCUCCGAAAAAUUGCCCGUCCCGACUGUUGUUAGCACCGCAGACUCUCUUCCACGCGAUGAAAAUCCGCGAGAUCGUGAUGAGUCAGAUCAUAAUGCAUCAGCCCAGGAUACACCAUCAUCAGCUCCCAUACCUCGGCACUGCCUGCGUCUCAUUCCAUCUCCCGUUCCUGAGCAAAAGAAGUUCAGAUCACUUCCCAUGUCUGCGCGCACCAGAAAAAUGAUUCAUUUCUUGGCUAUAGCUCAAGAGGCGCCUGUAUGUCAGCUGAUGCGGGAACUUUGUUUCUCUCUGUCCUUCGUUGAUGAAAGUGCCUUUCAUUUAGCUCUGGCUCGGCUUGAGGUCGACCCCGAGCGCACUGGAGGACAAGAACCACACGAGACCGCUUCCAGUCUGUUGCACUAUGAUGCCUCGGUUGAAAAUCUGAGGCAAAGGUUUGACGGCCCGGUUGUUAAAGCUCAUGAAGCCAUCAUCGGUGUGGUUGUUAAUUUGGCAUGCUACGAUCUGUUUACCAAUAACAUCAAAAGGUGGAAAACUCAUAUGGUGGAUUUGAUCGGCUCCAUGGCUUUGGAUCAAGUACCUUACUUGGCAUUCCAGAAAGGCCAUACAGACAGGUCUCAAAGAAUAUACGAGGUGGUGGGUUCGUCGCUAGAUGUUGAGAAACGCUGUCACGCCAAUAUCAACGAGAUUCUUCAGAUGCUUUCGAGAUUGUCGAGCUUGGCUAGAGGAAAGUCUGAGUUUGAACAGAGUCAGGACGAUGAUCUCCUUGAAGCUUUACAAGCAACAAUUCAUUCUGUCCUCACGUUGCCUCGAUAUGGGAACCUUGAGUCAGACGAAGAUUCACGCGAGCUUUGUUUGAGAACAUACGAGAUAGUCCGACUUGCCGCCCUUCUAUAUCUCUCUGGACCUACGACAUUCUUAGCUGGAAAUCGACGCUUCAACUUGGUAACUCCACAGUUCAGAGGACGACUGUCCAGGCUUUAUGGUGAGCAGGGGCUACCCAGCUCGGUUUCUCAGCCUUUGAAACUGUUUGUUUUAGUUGCUGGAGCUAUUGUUGAAGUGGAUAAUGACAGGCAAUUCUUUGUGAACCAUCUGAGUCAUGUUGUAUCGCUGAGGAAGUUGAGUUGGGAGGAUGUGAUGAGUGAGCUUCGGUCUAUGGCGUGGUUUGAUGUUGUUUGGUCGAUGGAUCUGGAUAGGCUUCGGGGCGACUUGGCUGUUAAAAUGACGGGCCCAUGA